UGUUGGAUCAUUUCGUGUGUGUGUGUGUUUUUUUUCCUGCAGUGUUUGGUGUGUGUGUGAUCAAAUAUUUUUGGCCUUAAUUUAUACACACAUAAAGAAAACAUGAAGCCAAUAAAUUCAUGCGAUACAUUUGUUGUAUUACCUACGGCUACAGCUAAUGGUCAAAUGAUAUUUGGUAAAAAUUCCGAUAGACCAGCCGGUGAAGUUCAGGAAAUUGUAUUCAAUUCACGGCAACGAUUUGAAAAUGAUUGUAAACAAAAGUGUACUUAUAUUGAAAUUGAUUCAAUACCAGAAACAUAUUCGGUUAUAUUGAGUAAACCGGUUUGGAUGUGGGGCGCUGAAAUGGGCUCCAAUGAACAUGGUGUCUGUAUUGGCAAUGAAGCCAUUUGGAAUCGAUUAAUCAAUGAUGAAAAAGAUUUGAAUAAAAAAUUACUUGGCAUGGAUCUAGUACGAUUAGGUCUUGAACGUUCACGAACAGCAUUAGAAGCUAUGGAUGUGAUAACCAAAUUAUUGAAAGAUUAUGGUCAAGGUGGACCAUGUUCCAAUACACAGAUGGAUUUUUUCUAUCACAAUGGAUUUCUUAUUGCUGAUCCAAAUGAAGCUUGGAUCAUUGAAACUGUUGAUAGUGAAUAUGUUGCUGAAAAAGUUUCCGGAAAAUAUCGUAAUAUUUCCAAUUGUCUUAGUAUUGGUACCAAAAUUGAUCGUAUCAGUGAUGGAAUGAAACAAUUGGCCAUUGACAGUGGAUUAUGGAAUGGUAAUGAUGAAUUUGAUUUUGCAAAAAUAUUUACCGAUAAUAAUCAUAAUGAUCGAACACGUUAUGAUGCUGGUAAAAAAUUUCUAGAUGAUUAUACAAAAGAUAAUAAUUUUGAUAUUAAAAAAAUGAUGCAAAUAUUACGAGAUAAAACUAGCGGUAUUUGUCGACCAUGUGAUGACGGAAUGAAAAAUCCAACGGCUUCUAGUCAGGUAUCAGCGCUGUCAUCGGAUUUAAAACAACGGCCAUCCGUACAUUGGUUUACUGGUACACCAGAUUCUGAAUAUUCCUAUUAUAAACCAUUUAUAUUUCAUCCAAAAGUACGAAUUGCAUCGGAAAAAACACGAUCCAUGAAUUGUUUUCCAAACGUUUCAAUUGAUGAUACACAAGUGGAUAGACGUCAUUAUUUGUAUCGAAAACAUGAAGAAUUUUAUUCACGAUUACGUAAUGUUGAUGAUGAUAAUCUACAUCAAACAUUGAGACAGAUUGAAAAUCUUUGUAUCGAUGAAUUAGAACAGAUGCUUAAAUCUGGUGGCUAUAACAAUAGCGAAAAUGAUGAAUCAAAUGAAAUUGAUAAUCUAUUCAGUGAUUCAGUGGAAAGUGAAUUACGAUUUUAUCGAUGAACCAAAAAAUUGCUAAUUUCAAUACAUUCCAGCAGCUGGUAAACAAAAAAAAUCUGGGAAAAAUCAAAAUUUUUUUUUUCGACCAAAAUUAUUCUACUU